AUGAGCUCAACGAGCGGCAACUACGGUUCCGUCACCAACUCGGCCCCGGUCGUGAACGGCGACUCCCACGCCCACACCGAUGAAGAGCAGCCUCUUCUUGGCGGCGGAGGCGGCGCCCGGAAACCAGCUUCCAAGUCUCUGCGAAAGAAGCUCACUACAGACGUGCAGCGCGACUGGGCCGACCUGGUUCUCUUGGCAUGCUACAUCAUCACCGGCCUGCUCGACAGCUCUUCCAUCUCCAUCUGGGGCUCUUUUGUGUCUAUGCAAACAGGAAACACAGUCUACAUCGGCCUCGGCCUCGCCGCGCCCACCGAAUCCACCCGCUGGAUCAAAUCCGCCACCUCGCUCAUCUCAUUCUGUCUAGGCUCGUUCUUCUUCAGCCGAUUCCACCGCUUCUUCUCCCCCAAGAAGCGCUGGGUCCUCUGCGCGUCCUUCAUCGCCCAGACCCUCCUCUGCGUCGCCGCCGCCGUCAUCCUGACCGUUGGUCCUGCGGCCGGCAAGGAUGAGAUCGCCUGGAACGUCCUGGUGCCUAUCGCCCUCAUCGCCUUCCAGAGCUGCGGUCAGGCUGUCACCAGCCGCGCGCUGAAGUAUAACGCGCUCACCAGCGUUGUAUUGACAAGUAUCUACUGCGACCUCUUCUCUGACGCUGAGCUUUUUAGCGUUCACAAUGCUGAGCGAAACCGAAGAGUUGGCGCGCCUGUAUUGCUUCUUGUUGGUGCCAUUUGCGGCGGCUUGUUUGCGCACAGUUCCCUGGGAAUUGCUGGCGCUCUGUGGACGGCCGCUUUCUUGAAGUUCCUCAUCGUCUUGUCGUGGUUCUUCUGGCCGGGUGAACCGACUUCGGACGAAGAGUAG